CAUAAAUGUGAGCAAUCUAUAUAACAUUUUACAUCCAUUGGUUUGGAGUGAUCGGAAUGGAAGUGGUAACGAACAUACGGACAAAGCAUUGUUUUCUAGUUCUAGAUUUCUCCACAAGUCGCCAUCGCCAUAUUGACACAUAAAUUUUGACUUUCCAAAAAUUGGAUAAGGCAGUGGAAAAUAUUGAAAAAAUGCCGGUUAGGGUGGAUAUAACACCUCCCCUGCCGGCCAAUUCGAAACAGCCUGGAGUUACCAAAUCUUUAUUAUAUAAUGGUUCAAAAUUCCAAGGAUUUCAGAAGUCAAAAGGCAAUAGUUACGAAGUGGAAGUAAUUUUGCAGCAUGUUGAUGAAGAGAACUCAUAUUUAUGUGGAUAUUUACAAAUCAAUGGACUUACUGAUGAAUAUCCUAAACUGACCACAUUUUUUGAUGGUGAAAUAAUUAGUCAAAAAUAUCCAUUUUUAACAAGGAAAUGGGAUGCAGACGAAGAUGUUGAUAGGAAGCAUUGGAGUAAGUUUUCCCUAUUCAGUCAAUAUGCCAAAACUUUUAACUCCGACUCUUUUGAUUAUAAAGCUCUUGCCAAUACAGACUAUGUAUUUAUGAGGUGGAAAGAACAUUUUUUAGUACCAGAUCAUACCAUUAAGGAUAUUUCUGGAGCAUCCUUUGCUGGUUUUUAUUAUAUAUGUUUUCAAAAGUCUAAAGCAACAAUUGAGGGUUACUAUUAUCAUAGAAGUUCAGAAUGGUACCAAUCCUUGAACUUAACUCAUGUGCCUGAAAAUAGUAUACAAAUAUACGAAUUUAGAAAGAAGGUAUAAAAACAAUGCUAUUAAAUAGAGGGAAAUAGAAUAAUACGUCGCUGACUGAGGACCGCAAUACAACGGCAAUAUCUAAUCAUUACUAUCGAAAGGGCGUGGUUAAAUCAAUUACUCUCUUUAUACCACUUACUUCCAACUUUAAUUAGGCGACACAUCUUUUUGCUUGACGGUUAAUGUAUUGUAUAUUAUUAAAUUUAUGGAAUUAACCUUUUUUUCUGAUUUCAAAAAUAUACCAUGUGUUUGUUACCCACACGUAUCUUAUACCGUUUCCGAGUAAUUAAACCCCAAAUAUCUUUGUUUAGGUAAAUAUUUACGAUUUUUCUUCUUCACUGUAAACUAUUUUGAAUAUUUUACUUCUCAAACGACACUUUCAUAACUAAGGUAUUUAACAUUUAAUUAAUAAAUGGUGUAAGAUAUAUGAAGGGUACAAGGAAGAAGGGAGUUUGUCAAUAAAAAUGGGAAAUUAUGGUUUUCACGCCAUCUUACAGACAAAACCCUAAUAUCUUUAAGGUAGACUAAUUGUUGUUGAAAAGAAUACGUUAGGUCAGAAAUUAUAAAAAUUUAAACUUGCUAUACAGGAGAAAAACGUUAUUAAAAAUGGAAAGUGAAGCAGAAAACAAUGAGGAAAGUUGUGUGGUAGGUGAGGAAAAAAAUUACCAAAAAUUACGAGAUGUGAGCAAGAAAAUUAACCUCCAAAGUCAUGUAACCAGCGAAAAUAGUCACUGUAGAAAGCUGAAAUCUCUUGAUAACAUUUCUUUUAUCAGCCAGAAAUAUGUUUAUAAAAAAAUUCAAUUAGAAAGCGUGGACAAACAGUACAUCAAUUUAUGUGAUGUGAAUCAUCAUUCAUAAAUGAAGUAAUCUCUGAAGAGUAUUAUAGGCAGAGAUAACAGGAGAUUUAACUACAAACAAAUAUCGUGCUGUCGUGAAUAAGACAUUCUAAGGGAUACAGGAGAGUAUAAUAUCCGCUGUUGUCAUUAUUCUCAUUUCGUUCACAAAAUUAUUUACUUAUCUUAAAAAGCUAAAAUAAUUUAACCUAUAUUAUUGCAACUGAACCCAAAAAAUGUUGAAUCAUUAUUUUUAUCAAAUUUAACUAAAUUAGAUAUAAUUUCAUUAAAUUAGAUGUAAUAAUUUUCAUUAAAUUCUAAAACCUAGUAAAUGUUAAGUUUGAUAUCAAGUAUUUUGUACUAGAUGUGGCAACAUGGCUUCCAUUUUGUACGUUUUUUAUUAUAGGCGUACAACGGCUUACACAUAUAUUCGUUGAUAAAAUUAUUUUGUACGGCCGUCAAAUCGUUCAGUUUUUCCCUUCCCCUCGCACCACAUGUCUCUUCACUUCUGAUCUACAACUGGACCUUAUCGAUAUCGGCGUCACGGAUAUAUUUUAUCAAUCACUAGCUAUAUAUCCUGUUACCUGAGUCAUCAUUUAUUAAGUAUAGCAAUAUCGAUCAAGAGUAGCAGAUCAAACCUUUGCAGCUUAAUGAUUCCUCUUAUAGAGUGAGAAUUGCUACAGCGGGUAAGUCGCAAGGGCGGCUCGUCACGCACGGCCAAUUUAGCCAUGACAAUACCUGAAGUCUCAACCUCGUCAAGAAUUUUUAAAUAAAUCUAAAAUGUAUUUUUGUUAUUUUAAGUAUAUUAAUUGUUCUCUCCUCGCAACGCUGCUGUCGGGAUAUCGGUGCCAACUUACGUCUGGCUCGACAAUCUCGACAUUUUCAUAGAAUAUGAUCAGCAGGCAGAUGGGUUACGCGUUUUGUACGUGCAUUUGCAGCCACAUUUCUACACUGGCCCAUUACUGUUUCGCUCAUUAAACGUUAAACAGCAUUUGUCAGUCUUCAAAUAAACAUGUAUAGUUGAUCUGGCUCAGCAAAAAAUAGUGCUCCCAUGAUUAAGUUUCAGUUAUGCAUUUAACUUUUAUUCAAGAAAAAACUUGCUCUGUAAGUUUAUUACUUAAGGUACGUUUACAUCUGACACUUAUUGCAUGAGAUUUAUGUCUGACAGUUGUUUAGUCCAGUGUAAACAUUCAAAAAUAUCUCUCCGAGAGAAAAUUUUGUGUGUUUACACUGAACUAAACAACUGUCAGACAUAAAUGUCAGAUGUAAACGUACCUUUAAUGAAUAUUAAUUACGAUGACAUACCCCUUCUUGUUUUGCAACAUCACUGAAUUUUUUUUGAGGUGUUUGACAGGUUUUUUAUUUUAAGAUAAUUAUUUAUAAAACAAAGAAUCAACUAAAACAUUCACUUGGAAGAAGGGAACAGAAAACACAUGGCAAGAUCUUAAACCUGCAAAAACGCUACACAGCAAAUAUAACAAUUCUUUACUAAUCGUCCGCUCCUGUACCCUUCAUAAUAUGGUAUACUAUUAGACCCGGUGGACAGAUUGACCUUUACCUGGAUCUCGACAACAGCGCCACCUACCGGUUCCAACUAUAGCUAAGUACCAUCCAGGUUCGGCUGUCGUUCACUGCAUAGCAAUUCCUACUCCGCGCCGGGGAAUUCCGGCACAGCCGAGGCGGCAAUGGAGUAUAAUGCGAGGGAGAGCCACGUCAUAUUGUUAGCUACUCAAUCACGCACAUAGGUGUAUGUGUAUUUUAUAUAGGUUUUUAGCUUCAUCCAAAAAAAUAUAUAAAUAAAUAAUCCCAUUUUUGAAUUUCCUAUUUUAAAAAACCGAUACCUCCAUACAAAUUCACCUCCCAUUCCUCCACACCCCCACACCCCUUGGAAUACAAGGUCAUUGCAAAGGCUUCCGCCACAUCAGUUUACAUAGCAAGUAAUAGCAGCAGGAUUUUAUUUGUAGACAGACAGUAGAAAGUUUGUAAAAAAUGUCAUCAUGUUUAUCAUAGAAUGUAUAUUUCAAAUUUUGAGUUCAUGAAUGGUUUAUAUUGUAAGGUGAUUGUUUUUGCGUGGAAAUUGAGCACAAUAAUUAUCUAAAUUUUGUAAUAUUAAAAUAAUCAGUCGGGGCACGUAUAUUGCAUUGGUAACACAUGCCACAUGAAUAAAUUUAAUAACCCCAAUGUGUAGUACUUCAUUUACCAAAGGAAGAUUUAGCGCUGUAAGUAACACAAACAGUAGCUAAUUUUUGUCACAAAGUAUUUGAAGUCCCAUUACUGAGUUUCAAGCGAACAUUUCAAAAAAAUUAUCCAAGAAUACUUAUAGGUGCAGUACUUGUCGUGGUGCCAACAGCGAGUCAUAACGUUAUUAGUGACAUUCCAUCCCUUUAUUUAUGUUUUUAUAGAAAGCAUGUUAAAAACAAUUUAGGCAAUACGAACAUUAAUUUAACAAUACAAGUAUUAGAAAUUAAAAAUUAAAAAAAACCGACUUCAAAAACGUGCAGAUGCCAUCACCACAUCUUAACCAAAUUUAUAUGGGACCACCCCUGAGGUGCCCCCUUACUAAAAAAAAAGAAUCAUAAAUCGGACAAGGUGGUAAAGCAUUAUGGCUAAACAUACAUAAAAAAAUGAAGAGUUUGAGGAUUUUCUCAUGAACCCAAUUAUUAGAUUUUGACCAAAUUUAUAUGGGACCAUCCCUGAAGUACCCCCUUUCUAACAAAAAAAGAAUCAUUAAAAUCGGACGCCGUGUUAAAGAAUUAUCGCUGAACAUACAUAAAAAUAAAAAAAAAUAUAUUGCGACGAAUUGAGAAUCUCCUCCUUUUUUGAAGUCGGUUAAAUAAAUCGUAUGCUUUCUAAAUUUUUUAAAAAUGAAACGCCAUUGGGCCACUCUAUUGGAAAAUAACAAAUUUGGUAAAGUUAUAACUAACAAUCAAAAAUUACAAAAUAUUUUUCGUAAAUAGAUUUACAAUAAUUAAUCGGUAAUAAGACUGUAAUUGUAGUAUUCUUUUUAAUAAAUAAUUUACCGUAAUUAAUAUUUUUUACCUUUAUUUACCAGAACAUGAAAGUGCAAUCAAUAUUUUAUACAAUCAUUAUUACAGGUUUUUAAAUUUCCCGCCCCGUUAUUUGUUUGAUGUCGAUAAAAGCGCCACACAGUGGGUCAGAUGAUAACUGCAUUCUAGCUGGUCGUUGUUAAUCAUGUGCUUUUUAUUAGCGUUUUCUAUCUUUAUGUCCCUUAUUUCUGGGCGUCAGCAUAAAUUUCUUUUUCCUUUUCUUCUAUUUUUGUAUUUACCCUAUUUACCUAUUUACCCAGGGCCAGUGUUUCGUUUUUAGAAAAGUUUUUAUUUUACAAAAAUCGGUCAUAGCCUAACACGCGCUUCAAAGCAAGCCUGGUAGCCCUCAGAUAGUCCUAGUGAAAAACUGAGACCGUACAGCUAAAGAAGAAAUCAAGGAAAAAAGAAAUUUAAGCUGACUACGUAACCUUAGACAGAUACCGAAAAGAUAAUUUACAGUUUCGUUUGAAAUAAAAUUCUGCUUCUAUUACUUGCUAUCUAAACUGUUAGAUGGCGCAAAGCUCUUGCAACUGCAACAUGUCUUCAUCUAUUGUUUUUUAUUUGUUUUUAUAAAAAAUGUAUUUUGGAGAAAUGAUGAAUGUAACCCAAACUAAAAAAAAUAUCCACAUACAAAGUUCGGGGGGCUCAAAGUUGAAAUUUUCAAAAAUCCUUUUUUAGCGGAUGCUUACGUUAUAAAAUAAACCAAUGUUCCAAAUUUCAGCUUUCUAGACUUAGUAGUUUUGGUGGAGCGUUGAUAGAUCAAUCAGUCGGGAUAAACGAAUUUACAUAUGAGGAUUUUUGAUAUUAGGAAAAAAAUCGUUACAAAAAUGUUAUAAGUACAGGGUAUUUCAUUUAAUAAAAUAGUGUUUUGUCGUAACCCGUAAAAUUUGCGCGCUACUGUGUUAUUGAUGGCAUUUUAACAAAAUUCAGUCAUAGCCACACAACUUUUAUUUAAAACAUUUUUUUUACAUGUGAUAAUAACUAGGAUAAAUGUUAGGUAAUUUAUAAUGAAUUAUCCUGCACAUACGACCAUACAGACACACUUAUUAAUCUUUGAUUGACGUCAAAUUCAUUAAAUAAAGUUUCAAGUACAAAAAUUUUAAAAAUGAAAUACUUAUUUUUUUUAUUAUGACUUGUUGGUCGUAGAAAUAGUAUAUGCAACUCACAUUUAAUGGCUAUUAAGGCCAUAGAUAAAAUAUUAUCAAGACACUUGUAAUUCAUUAUGAUACUUGCCAAUGCUUGAGUCGUAAUUCUAAUACUCGUAUCUUUAAAUGUUUGUUGAAUACCCUACAAAUUGCAAAACUAGCUAUUAGUAUUAAUACACAAUCAAAGUGUCUUAUUCAAUUCCCUGGUAUAGAAUGUCCUACUCAUUUCAUCUGUUUUAUAAUGGUGCAAGCUUGCUCUUAUACGACAUUCAAAUUAUUAAAAAUAAUACAUUAAAAAGUCUAAAAGUACCAGAUCUGGCGAACGCAAUGGGCACCUAUUGGGGCCUGCAUAUCCUAUCCACUUAUUUUAUACAAUUUUUAAGGUAUUCAGUAACAAUGUGAUCUUGUUGCGUCCACGAGUUAUUAUUAUAAAUAAAUUAGAAUAAAAUACACUCAAAAAUUUAUAAAAUAAAGAGUAUAAUAUAGAAUGUUGUACAUGUUUUAUCCUUUGAUGAGUUUGACGUCGGUCAAAAUAUGUUAAAAGAAGUUAACGGCUGUGUGACGUUGCUUAGAUCAGCAAAGAAAACAUCUUUUGUGUAGUAUAUAUUUCUGAGGACCAUGAAGAAUAAACUAAGAAACAAAGUGUUAUACUUGUCUAUAAAAAUUUCAUUCCAAGAUAUGAACAUAUUUUUUGGUAUUAAGACUUCAUAGAGCAACAUGUAUAAGUUUUCAGUGAGGUACAGAGCAUUCAUUAUUCGGCAUUUCUUUACAUAAAGAAAUCCAUUUAUGUAUAUAAUAUGUAUUUAUUUGAAAAACUACAAACUAAAAGUACCAAAUUUCAAUUAUUGGUCAUAAUUUUGAGAAAUUGUGGAGUGUUUUUUGCAAUUAAAAAAAUAACUAAUAUAUUUAUAUCACAGUAAUUUAAGCAUUUUAAUAUUAAAGGUUUCUACCAAAGCUAGGUCACUUAAAUAAAAGUAUAAAAUUCUACUUAAAACGAAAUUAAAUAAUAGUAAAUCAAUUUCAAAAAAAGUAUAUCACAAAAUCUUGAUAACGUAGAUUGUAUUGGCAGUUGGUCUGUUAAAACUUUUCAGUAAAUUCAGUCUUUAGUUUUUGCCUGAAUACAUUUGCCAAAGAAAUUAAUUUAUUAAAGAACUUUACAGUUGGAGACCAGCGUUUUUUAAAACAUAGUAGCAAAAACAAUAAGCUAGUUUUUUUAAUGAAAAAUUCGUUUUUGAAACCAAACUUUUUUGUAUCAUUAGGAUACUUUUGCACAGGGUAAGUCACAAUGGUGUACAAUAAUAAAAAAAUCAUGCUUGAGCUUUUCUGUUUUGAUUAUCGGAAAAAAUAUUUCCUCGCGGUUCGGCAGUUUAAACACAGUAGAACCUUGCAAAGGAUCCACAAAUUAUAAAAAAAAUAGUCUUUUAAACAAUGAAGAUUUUAUUAUUAAUAUUUUUUAAAAAUCUUCUGGCAGUUAAAAGAUUGCAUUUUCGUUUUAAAUUUUUGACAAAAUGGCAGUAUCAAGAUAUUGCUAGAAGCUUAAAAAAUUAAUUUUAUAACUUUCAAAAUUCUGCAAUAGGUAGUAUGUUUAGUUUUAGGAAAUAAAUUAGAGAAAAUUAGUAAAUAAAGGAAAUUAAAAAUAUAAAAAUUUGUUAAUUUUUUUUUUUUUUUUCAGAAAUCCAAAUAUAGUAUAUAAAAAGUUAACAUAAACAAAAGAACUAUUGCAAAAUCUUGCAAAAAUAUAAUAAAUAUUUUCUAUAAUGUAUGCCCCUUUCAUAAUUAUUUUUAUCACUAUUAUUAAGAGGGAAUCAAGUUUAAAUUAUCUUUUACAAACAUUUUCUAUUUUUAAGAUUCAAACUUGUUACGAGAUUUCUCUAAUUUGAUCUUCCAUUUUUAUCAUUUCUUUACUCCGUCAUUUCUAUCGGUCUUUAGUUUUAUUAUCUCUAUUAGUAAUUUAUUUUAAAUACAAUGUCGACCACAGAACGUUUUCCUAUAGAGUUUGCCCAAGUGGAUGGGAAAACUACAGAGAGCAUUAAGUGCAAGCAGGAAAAGAAAAUAUCAUCGUUGCCAGCUUUUACGACGGUGUUGUAACGUUGGCCGGAACAUUGAUAUAAUUCGUUUCCUUCUCGCCCUAAUCCCAACUCUCUAUAGUUUUCACAUACACUUGUGCAAACCAUAUUGGAAUGUGUGCGAUAUCCGAUUAUUAUUAUUAUUACUAAGUUAUUGAUAGGAUCACAAUGAUCAAAUUAAACUUCAUAGUUUGGUAUUUCUUUCUGAAAAUUGUCGUGGAUCACUAUAAGUUAAAAUGACAGAGAAUCUCUCAAUACAAGAAGGGUUUUGACAAGAUGAAGAGCGAAAGUAUGUAUAAACAUAUUCCCUCUUAAGUGAUCUUAUGGUAAGAGAUAAAAAAGUAUGCCCUCCAUAAUAUUGAAAGAUUGUAAAUUCUCUUCAACAAAGAAUGUUGUUUAGCAAGAAACUGAUGUUGCCAAAUUGUUUAAAAUAAAUACUAAAGGUACCUUUCUAGAAACACAUAUAAAACCACUGUAAUCAAAAAUACGCUGAGACUAUUUGAAGAUCCUGAAGAAAACUCAGCUCUAGAAAAAUCUUUAAAAGGUAUUUUCUCUUCUGUUAUGUUAUGUUCUGAAUUCAUAUUAGUUUGAUCAUAUUCUUUGGUAUUUUGGUGAUAUAUGUAAUUUUUCGUACAGCCCAUCCAGAAUGGUGCUGAAAGCUUCUGUUCCUGGUGCUCAACGCGCAUAAAGUAGUCAUUGAACUUCCAGAAACCUUUUCCUUUGAAGAAGUAAGUUUUACC